CGUCGCAGACAUCUGAAAUGCAGUGGAUCAAAUCCGUGUGCUCGAUGCAUCACCUCUCAAGUAGAAUGCGUCUUCAUUCCAUCACAGCGAGGAUACCACCGUCUGAGACGAUCCACGGUUCAAGGCAAAGAACGGUUACCACUGGCAGGCACAUCACAGCUGCAGUAUCAACCUCCUUCGCCAGGACCUUCAGUGAAUGCAGCUCGCGGCAAUACGCCGAACCGCGAUCAAGCCUCUGAUAACGGAGUCGAGUCACAUUCAUUGUCGGCCAGUUCCCGGCUGAGCAAGCUAUCGGCAUACGAUACGAGUGCGCUUCACAACCAGAUUUCGCUGCCGCAGUUGACAAUUAUGGAUGAUUCGGACCGACCUUUAACUUCAUUUUAUUACCAUGCAUUUGCAUCCAACCCGUUUGUCCUUCCACGUUGCCAUCUCUCUCAAAUUGACGACGCGAAGAGCUUGCAUACCUUGGUUACAGCCAUGAGGUGGGUGGGCUCUCUGUAUAUCAACGCAUACGCCACUGUCCAAACCGAUUUGUAUAACGCCGCACAUUCCUCUAUAUAUGAUGACCAGACGCCGCGUAACGGGUUUCUUGUCCAGGCCAUGAUGCUGCUUUUGGUGGCAUUAGACGGCAGUUGCCAGCGGCGCGAAGCCCUCAGAAUAUUAAGUGAUGUGGAGCUGCUUGCACUGGAGAUUGGUUUACACAAACGCAACUUCGCAGCACUUCAUGGAAGAGACUCUCGUAUCCUAGAAGAGUCUUGGCGACGGACAUGGUGGUACCUCUACAUUGUGGAUGGCAUGAUUGCGGGCAUACAUCGCGAAACCAGCUUUGCACUGUUUGACAUCUCAACUGAUGUGUUACUUCCUUGUGAGGAACACCAAUAUCUUUCCGGGGAAAUUCCAAAGCCGCUGUCUCUACAGGAUCUGCAGGAUAGAAAUUUCGACGAAGACGAACACCAAUUCUCGUCUUUUGCACAAUUGAUCAUAUGUGGUCAAAAUCUCGGUAAAUUUUUGCAGUUACCUCCUAUAUGUAAACCUGAGGACCCUAAUGUAAAAGAGUUGGAAUUGCUUCUUACGAGUUGGAGGCUGCAUCUACCUCACUUCAAACGCCACAUGUUACAGCAAGACGGUGAGCUGGACGAGAUGAUGUUUCAGGCAUAUAUGAUAACGCAUGCCAUACUCAUACUCCUAUACCAGCCAUACUGUCGAUUUAAUACCACACCAGUCCAGGUAAUCGACACCUGCGCGCCGGUCCAGCGGACCUUAAGCAGUGACUACAUCGACUAUUACACGAUUGAGACGAUUUCAUCAGCCACCGCCAUCAGUGCCAUGAUUGCACGAAGAGAGCCACUGCUCUCGCACACACACUUCUUUACAUGUGCCCUCACGCUGUCGUCCAUUGUUCAUCUCAGCCACUGGGCACUGCUGUCGCCAGAUGCUCGUGAUUCUGCCUCACGGGAAAGCAUUCGCUUGAACCUGGGCGCUUUAAAACUCCGCGCUAGUGUUUGGCCUGCUGCUGCCGAAGCGCAAGCACAGGUCGCUGCCGUAGCCAAGACGAUCCAUCGAAUAAAAAAAACUGAAUCCGCUGAAUCCAAUGUUUUAAAUAUUUUAAUAAAUAACAAAAGUAUAUAA